GCCUUGGGUCUUAACCCAGCUCGCGCGCCUUGUUUUCCAUGUCAUUUCUCGCCAAAGCCGGCUCGCGGAGGGAUUGGUAUCUUCGGCAGCGGUUAUUUCAUCGCAAGCUUCUCGGAAUAGCGAGGCGCCCUGGACUAGUGGGCUGUGGUAAGAUCGGAAGGUGAAAAUGUAUCAUUUAAGGACUUGUGCUGCUAAACUGAGGCCACUGACUGUCUCUCAGAAUGUUAAAAACUUAUCACACAGUGGAGCAGCAGUGUCUAGGACGUUUCAACAAGGGCGCUUUUAUACCGCGCCUGUAGCUGCUGAGCCCUUUCUGAGUGGCACUAGCUCGAACUAUGUUGAGGAAAUGUACUUUGCUUGGCUUGAAAACCCCCAGAGUGUUCAUAAGUCUUGGGACGUAUUCUUUCGUAAUGCUAACACGGGAGCGCCACCAGGCACUGCUUACCAAAGUCCUCCUCCGCUGGGUGCAAGUCUGGCUUCCUUACCUCAGGCCCAGUCCAGGAUAAUUGCACAGCCAAACGUGGACAAGUUAGUAGAGGAUCACUUGGCUGUGCAGUCACUCAUCAGAGCAUAUCAGAUACGAGGGCAUCAUGUUGCGCAGCUGGACCCUUUAGGAAUUCUGGAUGCGGACCUGGAGUCGUCCGUUCCAGCUAACCUAGCCACUUCCUCAAACGGACUUGACAUCGCAGUCUGCAAGGAGCGUCUGAAAAAGUUGACGGUAGGAGCAUUUUAUGGCCUAGAUGAGUCUGAUCUCGACAAAGUCUUCCAUUUACCCACAACCACCUUCAUCGGAGGCAACGAAACCGCCCUUCCUCUCCGAGAGAUCAUUCGGCGCAUGGAGAUGUCAUACUGUCAGCACAUUGGAGUUGAGUUCAUGUUUAUCAAUGACUUGGAGCAAUGCCAGUGGAUUCGGCAGAAGUUUGAAACUCCAAGUGCCAUGCAGUUCACCAACGAAGAGAAACGGACCCUUCUGGCCAGGCUUGUCCGCUCCACCAGGUUUGAAGAGUUUCUGCAAAGGAAGUGGUCAUCUGAGAAACGGUUUGGUUUGGAAGGCUGUGAGGUAUUGAUUCCAGCCCUGAAGACCAUCAUUGACAAAUCCAGUGAGAAUGGUGUCGAAUACAUCAUUAUGGGCAUGCCACACAGGGGCCGUCUGAACGUGUUGGCCAACGUAAUCAGGAAAGAACUGGAGCAGAUCUUCUGUCAGUUUGACUCUAAAUUGGAGGCAGCUGAUGAGGGUACUGGUGAUGUGAAAUACCAUUUAGGUAUGUACCACCGGAGGAUCAACCGUGUAUCAAACAAGAACAUCACCCUCUCCCUAGUGGCUAACCCAUCCCAUCUGGAAGCUGUAGAUCCUGUGGUUCAAGGAAAGACCAAAGCAGAACAGUUUUAUCUCAGUGACAGUGAAGGAAAAAAGGUGAUGUCAAUUCUCCUGCAUGGCGAUGCAGCGUUUGCAGGCCAGGGAAUUGUCUAUGAAACCUUCCACUUGAGUGACCUCCCAUCUUACACCACUCACGGAACAAUCCACGUAGUGGUAAACAAUCAGAUUGGAUUCACAACUGAUCCGCGUGUAGCCCGCUCUUCUCCAUACCCAACUGAUGUGGCCCGAGUGGUGAAUGCUCCAAUUUUCCACGUGAACGGUGAUGACCCCGAGGCGGUGAUGUAUGUGUGUAAUGUGGCUGCGGAGUGGAGAAAUACUUUCCACAAGGAUGUUGUGGUUGACUUGGUUUGCUUCCGACGCAAUGGACACAAUGAGAUGGACGAGCCGAUGUUCACACAGCCACUGAUGUACAAGCAGAUCAAGAAACAGAAGCCUGUGCUGAAAAAGUAUGCAGAGGAGCUGAUGUCCGAGGGUGUUGUGAAUCAGCAGGAGUUUGAGGAAGAAAUGGCCAAAUACGACAAGAUCUGUGAAGAAGCAUACACUCGAUCCAAAGAUGAGAAAAUAAUGCACAUUAAACACUGGCUGGACUCCCCAUGGCCUGGUUUCUUCACUCUUGAUGGCCAGCCUAAAAGUAUGGCCUGUCCUUCCACUGGUCUUGCUGAAGAAAUGUUGAAUCACAUUGGGAAAGUGGCCAGCUCCGUGCCGGUGGAAAACUUUACAAUUCAUGGAGGUUUAACUCGCAUCCUUAAGGGCCGUGGGGAGAUGGUGAAGAAUCGCAUGGUGGACUGGGCCUUAGCAGAGUACAUGGCCUUUGGAUCCUUGCUUAACGAAGGCAUUCACAUCCGCUUGAGUGGACAGGAUGUGGAAAGAGGAACAUUUAGCCAUCGGCAUCACGUGCUGCACGACCAAAACGUGGAUAAAAAGACCUGUAUUCCCAUGAACCACCUUUGGCCCAACCAGGCUCCAUACACCGUGUGUAAUAGCUCACUCUCCGAGUACGGAGUGUUGGGUUUUGAACUGGGUUUUGCGAUGGCCAGUCCAAACGCCCUGGUCCUGUGGGAGGCCCAGUUUGGUGACUUCCACAACACUGCACAAUGCAUCAUUGAUCAGUUCCUCAGCCCAGGUCAGGCUAAGUGGGUACGACAGAAUGGCAUAGUUCUACUGCUUCCACAUGGCAUGGAGGGCAUGGGACCUGAACAUUCCUCUGCAAGACCAGAACGAUUCCUGCAGAUGUGCAACGAUGACCCUGAUGUUGUUCCAAAACUUACUGAAGAUUUUGUGGUGCGGCAGCUAUACGACACUAACUGGAUAGUUGUGAACUGCUCCACGCCAGCAAACUACUUCCAUGUACUGAGGAGACAAAUACUACUUCCCUUCAGGAAACCGCUGAUCAUCUUCACUCCUAAAUCACUGCUUCGACAUCCAGAUGCCAAAUCCAGUUUUGACGACAUGCUGCCAGGCACAGAGUUCCUGCGUGGUAUUGUGGAGGACGGGGCCGCAGCUCAGAAGCCAGAAAAUGUCAAGAGGCUGCUGCUUUGUACUGGUAAAGUAUAUUAUGAACUGGCAAAAGAGCGCAAGAAUAAAGGCUUGGAAGCUGAGGUUGCAAUCACUCGGGUGGAACAGCUUUCCCCCUUCCCAUUUGACAUAAUCGAACAAGAAUCCAAGAAGUACUGUAAUGCUGAGAUAGUGUGGUGUCAGGAAGAACACAAGAACCAGGGUUACUACGAGUACGUGAAGCCACGGAUCCGUGCAACCACUCAGCGCCAGCGCCCUGUCUGGUACGCUGGGCGUGAGGCAGCCUCUGCCCCUGCCACCGGUAACAAGAACACUCACUUACAGGAGCUCAAAAGGUUCCUGGACACCAGCUUUAACUUGGACGCUUUCAAGAACCUGGACAAUUAAUGGCUUCCUGUGGAUUCACUCUGCAUCUGAAACUUCAUCUUCCGUCCUUACUCUUAGGGUCUAGGCUGUGCAUGCUACUGAGAUCUUCUAACCGUACAAUUGGCAAGAGGCUUGUAUCUGUGGCAUUAAUUUCAGAUGGGGAGAAAUGAAAAUACCUCGAUCCAAGACAGAUUAUGAAGCAGAAAACAGCUAAACAGGCCACUGACGCUUUUGCUUCAUUCAAUCCACUUUUUAAAGAUGUCUGAUUUAGUUUCUCUGAGCAGUUGAAGUAAUGGGGUGUGGUUUGUAAAUUUUGUGAAUAAGGAAUUUUUCUAUUUCUAAUCUGGCCACGAGCUAUCUCCUGGCUGAUGGCCAGGUCACAUUCAGAUUUUAGCGACUCUCUCCGCUGCUGCACAAAUUUUACCCAAGACUUUGACAGUUGCUGUUUAGAAAAGGCAGUGCACUUUAGCCUGUGCCAAAAGCAAGAGAUUUCAUUACAGGAGCUGGGGCCGGAGGGGAAGUUUUAUCUCAGUUACCACUUAUUGAAACUGCUUAGUACAAAAACUGAUUUAUUUAUUUUGGUACAAAUAAAGUUUUCAAUCAGAUAUAGCUUCAUCAAUAAAUGACGUUCUCCUCA